AUGAGCUCAGACUACUCGUACGACGAACAGGGCCAGUUCUUCCCUUUCUUUAUCCUGACCGUUACCGGCCUGGUCACCUUUCCCUUGACGUACAGUCUUUUCCGUAAAAGCACCGACAACGAUGCGCUUGCGCCGCGCAUCAAGUCAGAUUACACAUCCAAGCAUGGCGAUGUUGUAACGUCGCUGCGUGCGGCGCAAAAGAGGAAGCAGAGGAAGAUCAAGCGGGCCAUCUUCGUCGUUUUGGGCUGGGCCCUCAUGGCGGGCAUGGUGUAUCUCAUCAUUGUGACCCAGACGAUUGUUCCCAAGAUUUGGAACCCUUAUGAUAUUUUGGGCAUCUCAGAGUCAUUUACCGAAAAGCAAAUCAAGUCUCACUACAAGAGGCUAUCCGUCAAAUUCCACCCGGACAAGGUUCGACCGGAUCCCUCCAAGAAUGAGACGCUGGAGAUGCUCAACGACCGAUACGUGGAACUCACAAAAGCCUACCAAGCCCUGACAGAUGAGGACGUCCGAAACAACUACAUCCAAUAUGGUCAUCCCGAUGGCAAGCAGAGCUUUAGCAUUGGCAUUGCGCUGCCUCAGUUCAUCAUCGCAGAGGGCAACGGCAAAUACUUGAUUCUGCUCUACACUGGUCUCAUGGGUAUUUUGCUGCCUUAUAUGGUUGGCUCAUGGUGGUAUGGAACCAAGCGAAUGUCAAAGGAAGGCGUCUUGAUGGAGAGCGCCAACCGCCUGUUCAGACACUACAACGAAGAGAUUGAUGAGGGUGGCAUCAUUACCGCCCUUAGCACUGGCAAGGAGUUCGAAGCCGUCCUCAAGGGAGACCAGGCUGAAUCGGGCCUGUCCAAGGUCGAAUCCCGGAUCACAGCCGAAGGCGAAUCCGCACCAUUUGCCUGUGGAUUCUCUGUUAAGGACAAGGAGAAGCUUGAAGACCUGGACAGCGGCGUGCGACGCAAGGUGCUUGCCUUGUUGUGGGCUUACCUUGGCCGUGUCGAGCUUGACGAUCCUGCGCUGACCAAGGCCAAGUUUGAAGUCGGUGCGAUUGCCCGAACAUUGAACCAGUCUUUUGCUGCGAUUGCGAUGGCAUUUGGCAGCAUUGGCCCCAUCGCAGGGUCUUUCAAAGCCAACCAGCAUCUCAUUCAAGCCUUAUCCCCCAAGUCUUCUCCUCUCCUCCAGCUCCCGCACAUCAACGACAAGGUUGCUGCCGCCAUCGAAGGCGACUCAAAAUCCCACUUGACUGUGCAACAAUUCAUGGAUCUCCCCGACGCCGAACGAAGACGACUCGCCAUUGGCAAGGAUCUCCUCAGCGAAGACCAGUACAAGGAGGCCAUCAGCGUUGGCAAGCAGCUUCCCUACUUCCGUGUUGCCAAGGCAUUCUUCAAGGUUACCGGCGAAAAGGUCAUCAUUCCUUCAUCUCUAGUUACACUGGUCAUCAAGGGCCGAUUCAUUCCUCCCGGCACCGAGUCGGUUCCCGCCAUUGAUGAGCUGUCGCUGGAAGAUAUUGACCCCGCUGAAGAUGAUUUGGAUGCUCUCAUGGGACGCAAGAAGAAGACGAUCAAGGGCGCCGAUGGAAAGCCCAUCACCGUCGAAGAUAACUCUGUCCUGCCGCCUCUGACUUUUGCCCCUCACUAUGCCCGAGACCACUCUCCCAAAUGGUACGCUUUCCUUAGCGACUCCAAGCAGGAUAAGAUGGCGGUUCCUCCUUUCACCUUUGAUAAGUUUGAUCAGCCCCUCUUUGAUGAGGAGGGCAAGCCCACCUUCAACAUGCAGACUCUCAAGGCUCAAUUUGCUGCUCCCCCUCAACCCGGCCAUUACACUUUCUGCAUGCACGUCGUUUGCGAUUCCUAUGUUGGCUUUGAUACCAAGAUGGAGGUUACUCUCGUUGUAGAGGACGCCAGCAAAGCCGCCGAGAUGGAGGCUGAGGACGAGAUCAGCGAGCCGGAAGAAGAUUCCAUUGCUGGACAAAUGCGAGCCCUCAAGACCGGCCAGCCUGCUGGCGGAGCUCCCAAGCCUAGGCGGAACAAGGACAGCUCAGAUGAAGAGUCAGGCACCGAUGAGGAAGAGGAUGACACAAGUGACACGAACACUGACACGGAAGACGAGAGCUGA